AUGAAAAUCCUUGCAAAAAACGAUGCUAGAGAAAAAGACACACCAUCUGCAGAAACUGCAGGCCUGAUCAAACUUUGUCCUCGUGAAAAGUUCCUGGAAAAAUGCAAAACAGCAGCUGGAAGGAUCUAUCCAAUAAGAGAGAAACAAGACCGCACUCGCCUAGCCCUCAUCCUCUGCAACACAGAGUUUGACUAUCUUCCAAGACGCAAUGGGUCCAUCCAUGACAUCCUGGGGAUGAAAGGUCUGCUUGAGGCCCUAGACUACACAGUGGAAGUGAAAGAGAAUCUCACAGCCACAGCUAUGGAGAAAGUGCUGAAAAUCUUUGCCUCCCGCAGAGAGCAUCGCACCUCAGACAGCACGUUCUUGGUGUUCAUGUCUCAUGGCAUUCUAAAUGGAAUCUGUGGAGUUGAACAUCAGGAAGAAAAACCAGACGUGUUGCCUCAUGACUCCAUUUUCCAGAUUUUUAAUACCCUCAACUGUUCUCAUCUGAAGGACAAACCCAAAGUCAUUAUCGUCCAGGCCUGCAGAGGUGCAAACAGUGGAGAGGUAUGGGUCAAUGACUCUCACACAGGCUCCAUUGCCAGCCCUUCCCAGAUCCCAGAGAACCUGAAGCAUGACGGAGUCCACAAGACUCACGUGGAGAAGGACUUCGUUGCCUUUUACUCCUCUACACCACAUAAUGUUUCCUGGAGAAAACCAGAGGGCUCAUUAUUCAUCACAGAACUCAUACAGCAUGUCCAAACCUAUGCUUGCGAUUGUCACCUGACAGAAAUAUUUAUGAAGGUUCAACGAUCAUUUGAAAAACCAAGUGUUAAAGCCCAAAUGCCAUCAAUUGACCGACAAACAUUCACCAGAUUCUUUUAUCUUUUCCCGGGAAACUAA